AUGAGUCAGUUAACAUUAAGAGUGUGUAGGCUAGAUGUUGACGCUGGUCAAUGGGUAGUGGUCAGCGAUAUAGGAGACCGUGUGUUGGUUAUUGGAGACUUGGGAAAUGUCUCAUUCUCGGCUGAAGAGCUUCCUGAUGGUUGUGGUGUGAGUGUGAACUCAAUUUUUUUUACUUAUGGGCCAAGCAAUGUAACAUGCUCCUACAAAUAUGAAGAAGAGCACAACUGUUGGAGAUAUUCAAGAAAGGAUUGUGUGACUAUCCUCAGCAGGUCUCCGGUAGAGGCUUUCCGGGUUGAACGAUCUUCAGCAGAUGCUAGCCACUGUUCAUGGCCACAAGCCGGAAGGAGUGUACACUUUACAUUCGACAUGAUGAAGGAUAAGAGAUUAGGUCUGAUCUCCUUGGCCUAA